GCGCGGCAUCUCUCCGCGUCGCCCCCGCGUCGAGAGCGGCGAUCGAAGCCUUUUUGUUUUCGCGCAAGAGCUGGACAUGUCAAAGAUGACGACGGCGGUAGUGGUGGUGGUGGUGGUGGUGGUGGCAUCGUCCUCCUCGGUCUGACGUACGGUCGGCGGCCGAGCGUGAAUCGCGCGGAUCGAAUAUACGAGGCGGCGAGCCGCGUAUACGUGCGAGGUGCCUCAGCGGCGAAUCGCCGACCGUUGAUAUGAGCCGCUCGAACAGCCACAGCAUGGUAUCUCGGAGGUGGUUUCACCCAAAUAUCACGGGUUUAGAGGCGGAACGUCUGUUGAUGGAACGUGGAGUCGACAGCUCGUUUCUGGCACGACCGAGCUCCUCGAAUCCCGGCGACUUCACGCUGUCCGUCAGGCGGAACGGCGAGGUGACGCACAUUAAAAUAAAAAACGCAGGGGACUUCUACGAUCUUUAUGGCGGUGAGAAGUUCGCCACGCUCUCCGAACUGGUGCAGUUUUACAUGGAGAACGGUGGGCAGUUGCGCGAGAAGAACGGCGAAAUUAUCGAGCUUAGGUUUCCCCUCAAUUGCGCCGACCCCACGACCGAGAGGUGGUUCCACGGGCAUUUGUCGGCAAAGGAAGCGGAGCGCUUGAUGCUGGAACGUGGGAAAAAUGGAUCUUUCUUGGUGCGCGAGUCUCAGAGUAAACCCGGCGAUUUUGUGCUGUCGGUGCGCACCGAUGAUCGCGUUACGCACGUUAUGAUACGAUCUCAGGAUAACAAAUACGACGUGGGUGGUGGUCACAAGUUUGACAGUCUCAGUGAUUUAAUAGAACAUUAUAAACGCAAUCCUAUGGUUGAAACCAGCGGGAGUGUUGUCCAUCUUCGGCAACCGUUCAAUGCAACGCGUAUUAAUGCUAGUAGUAUCGAAAGCAGAGUUAGACAAUUACACAAAGAAAACGGUUGUUCCAAUGGUUGGCUGUGUUGGAACGGCACCAACGGAGGCAGCGAGGAUGGAGCGGGUCGUGGCAAGGGAAAGGCUGGCUUUUGGGAAGAAUUCGAGUCGCUGCAACAACAGGAGUGCCGGCAUAUGUUCUCAAGAAAAGAAGGUCUACGCCCAGAAAAUCGUGCCAAGAAUCGUUAUAAAAACAUUUUGCCAUUCGACCAUACCAGGGUACGACUAAAGAACGUGGACUCUGAUACUCCUGGAGCUGAUUAUAUUAACGCUAACUACAUAAGGAACAAAGAAGGCGAUGAAACAAACACUAAUGUGGACAGUGGUGGUGAUGAUUCGUCAUUUGGCAAGUGUUACAUAGCCACGCAAGGUUGCCUUCCAAAUACCAUCGAAGAUUUCUGGCACAUGGUCUACCAGGAGAAUACUCGUGUGAUCGUUAUGACUACCAAGGAGAUAGAAAGGGGAAAGAAUAAAUGCGCGCGUUAUUGGCCGGAAGAAGGAGAAACGUCUGAGUUUGGCGAGUGGAAAGUGCGUGCUGUAGCUCGAACUUCGACCGCUGAUUAUACUCUGCGCGAGUUUCUUUUGCAGGGAACCAAACCGGAGUUCUCAGAGUCCAGAAGAAUUUAUCAUUACCACUUUCAAGCAUGGCCCGAUCAUGGCGUUCCAUCGGAUCCUGGUUGCGUGCUGAACUUUUUGCACGACGUAAACGCUAGACAAGAAUCGAUCGCGGCGUCUCUGGCUCCAAAGGAUCAGGACGAACCAUGCAUAGGCCCAAUCCUCGUCCACUGUAGUGCUGGAAUUGGCAGGACCGGCACGUUUAUCGUUAUUGACAUGAUUUUAGAUCAAAUUAAGCGUCAUGGACUGGACUGUGAAAUUGACAUUCAACGUACAGUACAGCGAGUACGCGCGCGAAGAUCAGGAAUGGUCCAGACGGAGGCGCAAUAUAAAUUUGUCUAUCUUGCUGUUUUACAUUACAUUGAGACUGUGUCUCAACGGAUGCAGGCGGAACAGAAAUCACUUCAGUUAGGCAGAGAAUACACCAACAUUCGUUACAAAAGCGAAACGAACGCUUCUACUAACGCUAUUGUCGGCGAAACCUCCACUCCCGCUUGUACGCCAAUAAUCCCUCCAACAUCAGCACCCACUCAUCACAGUUUGAGGCCAAAGUAACUUUUCUUAGGCACAAUCGAUUUCGCGUACAUUCGAGAAAGCAAAGAAGAGGCUUCGUUAUUCUUUUGCUCUCUCUCUUUUUCUCUUUCUAUUCUCUAUUUCUCUGUUACUGUAGGUAAUAUUAUAAGAAGAACAAUACGACAUACCCUGAGAUUCGCAGACGUUCAUUCGCCAUCAAGAAUUUAGUUUCGUCUCUCUCUCUCUCUCUCUUGUUAAAUAAUUCUUUUUAUCGAUUGUAUACUGACGGUUUAUUUU